GGCACCAGCUGGGUAAUGAAGAGCACCGAUGUCAAAUGAAUCAAAAGUGAAUAUGGCACCACUUUUGGUCUACAUAGUGGAAGCCUAACACGCACCCUCUGCUCCUUCUCCAUUCCUCUUGUCUUCAUCCCCUUCUCUUCUCUGCUCUCUCUCUCUUCUCCUCUCCUGUGCCAUGUGUGCUUGUGCGCAACAAGUUUCAAAUCCGCUCGUCCUCUCCGACCACCCAGUCUCAACCUCAAGCGCGCCCACCAAUUACUCCCUUCGCCGCCGCGGCGCCUCUGCUGGACUGGCGACCCGGCGACCCGGCGGCGGGGAGCGGAGAUCCACUCCACCGGGACUCGGAACUUGGACGGUCAGGUUCACAUUUCCCUUCCUGCCUGCCAAGUGCCAACUCUUCGACACACUGCUCGCAAGUAGUAAGGAAGCGUCAAUGAUAUGAACUGCAACAACACUUGACAGCGCAAUGGACCCUCCAAGGGACGCGGCUGGCUCUGCUGCCCAGAGAGCCAUGCACGUGCCGUCGACUUCGCCUUCCACUGCUACUCCUCGCCUCCCCGAGUGCCAUGCGCCGGGCACUGUCAAGCCCAUUCUCAAUUAUUCUAUCCAGACCGGGGAGGAGUUUGCCCUCGAGUUCACGAGGGACAGUGCUAUGUCCCAGAAACACCUUGGUACGUCUGGGGACCAGAACGCUGCGACAAGUGGUUACAUGGACUUGAGAGGAAUGCUUGGUGCCAGCCACACGGCAUCAGAAACUGGUCCUGAUAUAUUCAUGCUCACACCUAUUGUCGAUCCGCAGCAGGAGUCUGAAAGAAAACCUGUUACUCAGGUUCAGAAUAGAAGCAGGCACUCGUCGACUAGGUCGGGUCCGCGAGCUCUGUCAGGUGAUGGCAGUAGUCGGGGACUGUCUCACGGCUAUGCUUCUUCCGAAGCUUCAGAUACCUUCAGGAGAAUCAAUUUCCUAUGCACCUUUGGGGGCAAAAUCUUACCCCGGCCCAGUGACGGGAAGCUUACGUAUGUUGGUGGUGAGACGCGCAUAAUUCGAAUCAGCAAGGAUAUUUCCUGGCAGGAGCUCAGACAAAAGACGCUUGCCAUCUUCAACCAGCCCCAUAUCAUCAAGUACCAGCUUCCUGGUGAAGAUCUCGAUUCUUUGGUCUUGGUGUCAAGCGAUGAGGAUUUGACAAACAUGAUGGAUGAAUUCGCCAUGAUUGAAAGUGAAGGAGGUCCUCAGAAGCGCCGUGUUUUUCUGAUUUCCUCGCUCGAUUUUGAUGAUAACCGGUUGUCAAAAUCUGAUGAUUCAGUUGCUCAGUUUCUAAUACCUCAGUCUCAGUCUGGUGCGGCUAGAGAAUUCAUUGCAGAGGCUGCUGAUUCUGUCGAAGGAGUUGAAAAUUUAAAUUCAGGGGCCCCAUCACUUAACCUGAAUGAACCAUCUAGCGAUGAUUGCCUAGUACAGUUUGAGAAAAACUUCUGGAGCACUACUCGAGCUGUUGUAGACAGUGAAUCUACAGCUGCUAACUCAGAGAACAUAGAUAUUUUUGUGGACAUCAAUGACCGCCUCCCCCCUGAUAUUCUUUCUGAUUUCUUUGCAAAGGAUGAGUUCCCAAAUAAGAAUAAUGACCAACGCCUGGUAAAGAUUGACGAAGGGGUUUAUACAUUCCGAGAAGAUAAUGAUGCAAUCAGCAUGAAGGGUUUGUAUCCUAAUUACAAUUUUGACGCUGAGAAGAAGGCAGAGCCUUCCAUCAUAGUUGCUGAUGUUAGCAGCAUGCCUCCAGCUUAUGCCUCAUCACAUAUUGACCAUCACCCAAAGAUGAAGAGGAGUGUUGAAGCAUUUCAAGUUGACAAUCCAUAUGUACCUAUGGGGGACAAUACGAAUCUGCCUGCUCCAGAUUUUGAGGAACCAAAGUUCAAAGAGGACAGAACUGCCGCACAAGUCAUGGAUGCUUCUCUUCGAGAUUCUGAUUUUGAACAGUUGCAGAUUAUCAAGAAUGAAGAUCUCGAUGAGCUUAGGGAACUUGCUUCUGGCACUUUCGGAACCGUUUACCAUGGGAAAUGGAGAGGAAUUGAUGUGGCUGUCAAGCGCAUCAAGAAAAGCUGUUUCACAGGACAAUCAUCUGAGCAAGAAAGGCUGGCACAAGAAUUCUGGCGAGAAGCUGAGAUUCUGUCAAAGCUUCACCAUCCAAACGUCGUAGAGUUCUAUGGCGUCGUGAAGGACGGGCCAGGCGGUACCCUAGCGAUUUUGACAGAGUUCAUGGUUAAUGGUUCUCUUUGGCAUGUCUUGCAGCGGAAGGACAAGUGUCCUGAUCUCCGUAAGCGGCUCAUCAUAGCGAUGGAUGCGGCGUUCGGAAUGGAGUAUCUGCAUUCGAAGAAAAUUGUGCAUUUUGACCUGAAGUGCGAUAACCUGCUGGUCAACCUCAGAGACCACGCACGCCCUAUCUGCAAAGUGGGUGAUUUUGGAUUGUCCAAAAUCAAAAGGAACACCUUGGUUUUGGGGGGCGUGAGGGGGACGCUGCCGUGGAUGGCCCCAGAGUUGCUCAACGGGAGCAGCAGCAAGGUGUCUGAGAAGGUCGACGUGUUCUCGUUCGGCAUCGUGCUGUGGGAGAUCCUGACCGGGGAGGAACCCUAUGCCAAUAUGCACUACAGCACGAUAAUAGGUGGCAUCGUGAACAACACGCUGCGCCCGCCGGUGCCGUCCAACUGCGGGCCGGAGUGGAGGAGGCUGAUGGAGCAGUGCUGGUCCCCGGACCCAGCGCAGCGGCCGGUCUUCACGGAGAUUGCGGCGCGGCUGCAGUCCAUGUCAGCGGCGGCCAACCAGCAGGCCAAGCCGUUCCUGAUGGGGAUAACGGGGGGCCAAAAGGUGCUGCAGGCGCCGGCGGACGCGGCUGUCGAGUGGGUGCCCAUGCGUGACGGGGUUCUCUUGGAUGUCGAGGUCAUGCAGGUCCUCACCCCCGAGAUGGCUACACCGGCCCCCGACCACGCCGCGUCCGCGCCCGCCUCCGUCCUCGCGCCGGAAUCGCUGCCCACGACCACCCCCUGGCCGAUGCGGCUGCCACCAAAGACAGAGACCAUGCUCUCCAAGCUUGAGAUCUCAAAAGAUAUGGACAUGGAGCUGAGUCCAAUUAGUGCUUCUCUGGGCGCCAUGGGCUCCCUUCCACGGAAGCUCCACGAGCUCCUUGCGACCAAACACUGGGCUCUGCGGGGGGUUCUGAUGGAUGAGAUCCAUCAUCUCACGGCUGAUCUGUGCAUCCUAUACAACUUCAUGCUGAAGCUCUCAGAUGCGCCGCAGGACCCUCCUAUGGCCGCGAGGUACUGGAUGAAGGAUGUGCGCGAGCUGUCCUAUGACAUGGAGGACUUUGCCGACCAAUUCGUCCAUGCUCAUGGCCGUGCCAAGAUCCCUAUAGCUAAUCACCGCAAAAAUAAAACCCUUUCUCGGGUAAAGAUUGACCGCCUUCCAGAGAGGCACAAGUGGCGACCUGGGAUCUCCCACAAAAUUUCAGAAUUCAGGUCUCGAGCAUAUGAGGCGAUUCAGCGAUACUGGCGGUACAAGUUUGAUGAUUGCGGCUCCGAUCCUGGGUACUCACGUAUUGCCCAUGGCCGUCCAACUAAUUUGCCAGAUCCUGAUGAUCUUGUUGGCAUAGAAGGCCCAUCGAAAGAGCUCGAGCGGUGGUUGAUCGAUGGAGAAGAGCAGCUCAAGGUGGUGUCCAUUGUUGGUGUUGCAGGGAUCGGUAAGACCACUCUUGCCUUAAGGUUGUGGGGUAUGCUCCGUGGACAAUUUGAGUGCGGGGCAUUUGUGCAGACAGCCCAAAAACCCGAUAUGAGAGGUAUUCUUAGGAACAUACUCUUCCAAGUUCGGCCGCACCAACCUCCAAACCAUGGCGAGAUGCGCCACCUCAUCAACGGCCUCAGGGAAUAUCUACAAGACAAGAGGUACUUAAUUAUAAUUGAUGACAUGUGGGCUACAUCAGUGUGGGAUGUGGUUAGUCGCGCUUUUCCACAGAGUGAUUGUUUCAGCAGAAUAGUUACUACGACAGAAAUUAUGGAAGUAGCUCUUGCAUGUUGUUGUUUUUUCCCUGAGCAUAUUUUAAAAAUGGAACCUCUCAGUGAUAUUGACUCGGAGAAGUUACUGCUCCAAAGAAUUCUUGUCUCACGAAAUCAAAGUCCUCCACAGUCUGAUGAUGUUACACCUCAGAUUAUAAGAAGUUGUGGUGGCUUGCCACUAGCAAUCAUCAUUGUAGCCAGAAUUUUAGCAAGCCAACCUGAGAAACUAGAGCAGUGGGGCAGUACACAGAAUUCUUUUGAUUGCAUUAUUGGGGAUAAUCCUACAAUGGAAGGGUUUAUGGGACCAAUAUUGAACAUUUGCUUCAUUAAUCUUCCACAUCAUUUGAAGACUUGUCUGCUCCAUCUUAGUACAUAUCCAGAGGGCUACCUAUUCUUGAAAGAAGACUCAGUGAAGCAAUGGGUAGCUGAGGGUUUCAUAUGUGCAAACGAAGGUGAAGACAUGGAGGAAGUUGCUGGGUGCUAUUUUGAGGAGCUUGUCUGUAUGGGCCUGAUCCAAGCUAUGGAUAUCAACUGCGAUUAUGAGUUGUUAUCUUAUUUAGUACACCAGGUGGUACUUGAUCUCAUUACAUACAAGUCCAUUGAAGAGAACUUCAUCACUGUAGUGGAUUAUUCGCAAACAACAAUACCACUUGCUGAUAAAGUUCGUCGAUUGUCGCUCCACUUCGGCAGUGCAACAUGUGCAACUACACCAGAAAGCACCAGAUUAUCACAAGUUCGAUCACUUUUCUUUUCUGGCCUGUUUAACUGCAUGCCUUCAUUUGUCGUGUUUAAGCUUCUUCGAGUACUAAUACUUCAUCUUUGGGAUGAUACUGGAACCAAGACAUUGAACCUCGCAGGAAUUUGUGAACUUUUUCGGUUGAGAUAUUUGCAGAUCACAUGCAAUGUCACUGUAAAGCUACCAGAUAAGAUUGAAGGGAUGAAACACCUGGAAACACUGCAAAUAAAUGCACAAGUACUUGAUAUUCCACCGGACAUUGUUAGACUUCCGAGCUUGUUGCAUCUCAGUCUUCGAGGUGCAAAUCUACCUAGUGGGAUUGGGUGCAUCAGAUCUCUACGUACACUCAUGUAUUUUGACCUUGGCAAUUGUUCUGAAGACAACCUAUGGGGCAUUGGUGAGCUGACAAACCUGCGGGAUCUUCAUCUCACAUAUUCUUCAUCACUCUCUAGUGAACAUUUGAAGAGAAAUCUGAUAGCUCUGGCCUCUUCACUCGGGAAACUUUGUAACCUCAAAUCUCUCACUCUGGCUGCCCGUACCACUGGUACUGCUGGAACGGUGGUUCUUUUUGAUGGUUCGAGCGGCAUGUCUGCCCCCUUCUUUCUCGAGAGACUUGAGUUGUUGAUGCCCAUUUGCAUCUUUUCCAGACUUCCCAAGUGCAUCGGACAACUCCGCAAAAUCUGCAUUAUAAAAGUUGCUGUCAGAGAACUGCCGAUGAGUGAUAUUGCUAUCCUUACAGGAUUACCUUCUCUCACAGUUCUCUGGCUGUCUGUGCAGACAGCUCCUGAGGGAAGGAUCGUCUUCAACGACAAGGCAUUCCCCGUUCUCAAGUAUUUCAAGUUUAGAUGUGGUGUACUUUGCAUGUCUUUCAUGGCAGGAGCCAUGCCCAAUCUUCGUAGGCUCAAGCUAGGUUUCAAUUCCCAUAUCGGGGAGAAGUAUGACAAUAUGCUAGCCGGAAUUGAGCACCUUCUAACCCUCCAGUGCAUUGCUGCACAAAUUGGAGCUACCACCGAAUCUGACUGGAGGGCUGCAGAGUCAGCGAUCCACGAUGCCAUUGACAAGCACCCAAGGUUUCCUAGAAGUAACACACAGUGGGUGGAUCUGAUUGAGGAAGAAUGUCGUCCUUCAGAGAAACAUCAUUGGAGCCAAGAAAAAGUCUCAUUAGGUGAAAAAUAUGUGAUGAACAAACAUGCUGAUAGUGGGUUGUCUCAACUUCCCAAUCUGCCAUCAACUAUCGCUUCAGGUCACCUGAAGUCAGGUAGUUCAAUCGAGGAACCAAAAAAGUCGGUAGCACCAUCGUUACCCUGUACGUUACACCACACACGGAUAUCAAUUCGAAAGGAUGCAUACAAGAACCAGAGAGCCCGGCUGCCCUGGGCGGCGGUGGUGGAUCUAGCGGCGGUGGCGGGGUGUCGUUGUUUGCUGGGACUGGCAGUACACCACAGAAGACGCCGAGCUGGUAGGGGCAGACGCCGAGCCGGUAUGAGGAGACGCUGAGCGCCCUGCCCCUGCCCCUGCCCCUGCCCACUGCACCAGCCACCAGGCGUGGGGGUCACUCAGAUGCGCUCGACGCCUUCGUGCUGCGUUCCAGGAGCAUGGUGGCCAGCCCGAGUCCAACCCCUUCGCCACCCACGCGUGCGGUCUGCCUCUACCUUAGCGAGGUCUGCGAGCACCUGGCUCACGGUCGUGGCGUCAGCUACGGGAAGAAGCAGCACAAGAAGCCGACGCCUGGUGAUACCAGCAGCAGCAGCAGCCACCAGUCUCCACCCCCACGGCAAGAAGCCUGGUGACACCAGCAGCAGCAGCAGGGGCAGGCGGCAGCCACUAGCCACGAGGCUCUACCCGGCCACCCACACCGGAAACCGACGCCUGGUGACACCAACAGCGGCGGCUGCUACGAGCCUCAACCCCCACUGCGGCCUGCUGACGAUUAGCACUACGCAGGUGCCCAUUUGGUGUGACCGACUGACGAGGGAAAUACACCUUGGUUCCUGGUUGUAGGUACAUCCUAUAUGGAGAUAUAUUUUUAAUAAUUGAACAAAAUGUUAAAAUAGUUUACAAGUAUUUUUAAAAUAAUCUUUACUUAUUUUCGCAGUUAGUAUAAAUUUUCAGGAACAAAAAAUCAAUGUCGACUUCAGAGCAAAGAAGACAAAUUUAUUUGCUAUGAUAGAUCACUAUUCACAUCA